UGCGUCAUCAUAAUCUCCGCUGCCGCUUCCUCCGGAGUUCGCUGCUUCGCUGCCGCCACCUCAUAAAUACACUUGUAGUGAGAGCAAGAGAAAAACAGAAAAAGAAAAAAAGAGGGGGAGAGAGAGGUCAGAGGUGUUGCUUGCAUACUCGUCAAAGUGUUAUGCGUAGAUUUGUUUGUUUGAAAAUAUAUACAUAUAUAUAUAUAUAUAUAUAUUGAAGAUUUUGAUAUUUGUAUGGCGUUCGAUCAAACGCUGACGAUGGCCCCUCAUCAUCGUCUCUAUUUAUAUCGCUCACCUCGGAGUCCCGCCACUUCUUCCGAUCUCCCGCGUUCUUCGUCGUCUUCGUCGUCUUCUUCGCCUCGUCUCAUAUUCACGAGGAGGAGCUCCUGCGGCGGCGGCGGAGCCAUGGCGGCGUCGGGCGCCGGCCACCGCCUCCGCCGCCGCGCGGAUGCGAUGUCGCAGUUGCCAUCGGCCGCGCGGAGGAUCGCCCACCACCUCAACGCCGUCGUCCGCGGCGACUCCCUCGCCUCCGGCGAGAGCGACCCCGCCGUCGUCCCCAGCCCCCUCUUCUCCCAACGCGCCCUCGUCUCCUCCCUCGAUCAGUAUCGAGAAAUGUAUAGGAGGUCGAUAGAGGAUCCUGCGGGUUUCUGGUCGGAGAUUGCCACCCAAUUCUACUGGAAAGAGACAUGGGAUCCGGAGGUCUAUGCAGAGAACAUUGAUGUAAGGAAGGGAGCCGUCAGCAUCGAGUGGUUCAAAGGGGCCAAGACGAACAUAUGCUACAAUGCAGUGGAUCGAAACGUCGAAGGACGAGAUGGGGGGAAGGUUGCUUUGUAUUGGGAGGGCAACGAGCCUGGUCUCGACGGUCGACUAACUUAUUCUGAGCUGUUGGACAGGGUUUGCCAGCUCGCAAACUACUUGAAACAUGUUGGUGUUGGAAAGGGGGAUGCGGUGGUCAUCUACUUGCCUAUGCUAAUGGAGCUGCCCAUUGCCAUGUUGGCAUGUGCUCGGAUCGGUGCCGUCCACUCGGUAGUUUUUGCCGGCUUUUCUGCGGAGUCGCUCACUCAAAGGAUAGCAGAUUGCAGGCCGAAAGUAGUUCUCACGUGCAAUGCCGUGCAAAGGGGCUCCAAAACCAUCUUUCUUAAAGAUAUUGUGGACACUGCUCUGGGUGAAUGUGCCAAGGACGGUGUCCAUGUAGGUCUUUGUCUGACAUACGAAAACCUGUCAGCCAUGAAAAGAGAAGAUACAAAGUGGCAGGAGGGAAGAGAUGUUUGGUGGCAG